CUCUGGAGCCCAAAGGGCUCAUUCCCCCCCGUCGAAGCCAACCCUUGCUGUGCUGGUCUUUCUCCGCUUGCUUGCUUGCUUGCUUCGCGCGGUCGAACACUGACGCUGAAGCCUGCUGGGUGUAUGAUUCUGCAGACAGGAAGCGAUUCUUCCACCCGCCGCAGCACCCGCGAUAUACACUUUUCGUCGACCGUGUCUCUGGUCGAUCCCUUCCGUCGUUACCUCGCAUCGCGGCCUCGGACUUCAUCGCCGUAUGGUUUAGGAGCUUUUCUCUUCAGCGAAUGCUGACGUCAAAGGACGACUAUCGCGGAUCUCUCCCCAGUUGCCCGUCACUGGGGCUUCUGAUAUGAAUCCCGCAAGCUUUUCCAAUGUCGGCGGAGGCAUGCCCGGCGCGGGCAAGCCGCCAGGCCCCGUGCAAGUUCCCCAGAAAAACGAAAAUGCGCAGGUGAUCUUGAGAUAUGUCGCCCAAGCGUUGCAGUCGCAGGGCCCGUUUGCAGGAUGGCGGGCGGAGGUGCCCAUCCAGGAGCGGGCGAUGAAGGUCUACCAAAUGAUAUCGUCCCUCCGUCUGAUUCAACCCCGGAUCGAGCUGCAGAGUGCCGUCCAGGCAGCCCUGAGCUUUGAGGAGAAAGCGUUUAGGGAUGCGAGGGAGAAGGUUGACUACGAGAAGGAAUGUACAGAUAAACUGGUUCACAUCCGAGAUACUAGGGCACGACAGGCCGCAGUGAUGCAGGGCGGAAUGAUGCAACAAGCAGGAGCCGGUCCAGGUAUGGCCGGUGUUCGUCAGAACCUCAUGCAGCCGGGUUUCGCUCCACAGAUCAACCGGCCGAUGCAGGCGUCACCGAUGCAAGUCCAACAGCAGAUGGCGAUGGGGAUGAAUGACCCGAAUCAACAAGCCGCAAUGCAACAGCAACAGCAGCAGCAACAACAACAACAACAACGACAACAGCAGUCACAGCAAGCAUUCAUGCAGCAGCAACAGGCCCAGCAGCGACAAGGCACUGGUGUGCCACUACGCGAUGAUCUCAACAUGCUGUCUCCUCAAGAGUUUGAGCAGGUCUGUCGGUUAGCCAACCAAAUGCUACUGAAGACCUCGCCUGAGGAUAUGGAGAAGAUCAAGAUGAACCUGCAGAACAUGACCCAGGAGCAGAGACAAUAUCUUGCAAGGAAGAAUAUCGAACCGAUGACGUACUUCUUCCGUUCACAAGCUCUAAGGGAGCUGAGGAGACAUAAGCGGAAUCGCAUGGAGAUGGCUCGCGCACAAAACGGAGGUGUUGACCCCAGUGGCGGAAUGAUGGAGGACCCGAUGAUGAACCCACAACAGCGACAGAUGGUCCAAAAUAUGAUUGGCCUUCAGCGAAAUUCGGCGAUUCCCAUGAAUGCUCAACAAAACCUUGAUCCUACAUCAUUUAUCGGCAACGUCGAAAACAUCCAAGGACAGCAGGCAGACGGUCUUCGUUCGCAGGAAGCGGGUCAGCUGGUUGUACCUGCCAGCUCUUCUCAGAUGAAUCCACAGCAAUUUGCUGGGCCUCAGGGGAUGUUUCCAAGCGGUCAACAGCUCGGACAGAAUGGCCAGCCGAAUGCCAACCGAUCCAUGAACCCUCACUUCUUGGCCCAGCAGCAGCAUCUCCAGAAUUCCCAUAAUGUGCAGCAGGAGCGGAUCCAGCAAGCAGCACAGUUUCAGGCGCAGUCGCAGGCUCAGUCCCAAGCGCAAGCGCAUGCUCGCGCCCAAGCCGCCCAAAAGGCGCAGAUGGCCAUGUCGCAAGGUGGUCAGGUCAAUCCCCAAAUUCCCCAGACGAUGGCCCAACCCAGUCCAGCCAUGCCGAUGCUGAACCGACCACUGGGCCCGCAGAUGUCACCGGUCCAGGUCGGUGCUCAACCUCGACCACAGUCCCGAGCUCCUGGUAUGGGCCAACAGCCUCCGGGCGUCCAGUCAAUCCCUAGCCAGCCUGCUAUGCAAAAUCGAGGCCAGAUACCUCCCGGCUUGCCUCCUGCGGUGCAGGAACAAUUGUCUCAGAUGACGCCUGAGCAGAUCAACGCCUUUCUGAUGAAUCGUCGCAAUCAAGUCAUGGCAAGAGCAAAUGCCGCUCAACAGUCUAUGUCGAUGCAGCCGAACCUUUCUCACACAGGCCAGACUCCGCAAAUGCCGAACGGUCAGCUGUCUAACGACCCAAACAUGCGCGCAACGAUGGGCCUGCAGCAACAGAUUUCUGGGAUGGGUGGUGCACAACCACAGAACCAGAUGCUACCAGGCCAGCAGAUGUCAUUGCAGCAACGACAGCAACAGAACGAUCUUCAGAAAUUGCAAUUCUUCCGCUCGCAGAAUGGCGGUCUAGACAUGACUCCUGAACAAGUCAGGGAAAUGGAUCGUUGGCCUUUCCCGCCGUCGAUCCUCAAUUCAAACAAUAUGAAUUCACCUGUGCCAAAGACUGUUAAAACGUGGGGCCAGCUUAAACAAUGGGCAGCUCAGAACCCCCACCUUCUUGGGGGUGUAGACCUUCCAAAGUUGCUCACUCUUCAACGACUUCACCUUGCGCAGACUCUGACCCAGGGGAGGGAUGCGAAUCGUAACCCGGAGCAGGGCGGUCAAAACCAUGGGCUGCCCAUGACGAACUUCCCAGGGCACCAGCAGCCAUUCAUGGCACCGCAGAACUUCCAGCCUGGCCAGCAUCAACAUCCGCCGUUCAAUAUGGCAGCAGCGAUGCGUCCAAUUACAGCAAAUGACAUACAUAUAGCCCGACAGAGACUAGGUGCUCAGGCACAGAACUACACAGAUGAACAGCUAAGGGAACUGCUGCAUCGGAAUCGUCAGAAACAGAUAAUGCAAGCUCAGAAAUCUGCAGCAGCCCAAGCAUUUGCGCAGCAGGCAGCACUGAACCAAGGUCAACCAGCGCAACAACCUCAACAGCAACCAGCGCCGGCUCCUCAGACAACACCACUCAUGAAACAACAGCAACCGGUCCCGCAACAGACGCCGCAAGCAAAUGCUAAGAGCCAGGCCACUGCGGCAGCAAAGAAUGUAAAGGCGUCACCGGCGAAGGCGGCUUCCAAGAAGAGGCCUAGUGAUGAGGUGACAGAGGUCCCACCUCCUAAGGUUCAGCCAGUAUCCCAACCACCUGCCUCCCAAGCCCCCGCGGUCACAGCGCGCCCUAAUUUCACCCGUGAACAGUUGGCUGCUAUGACCCCGCAGCAGCGUGAGCAAUUGGAAGCUCACAUGCGCAGACAGACCAGAGCCCCGAUAACAAAGGCUGCAGCGGAAGAGGCGUGGGGCCAUAUUCCUGAAAAGCUUAGACUUCUGUAUGCUGAGAUUUCUAAAAAUGCGCCCCCUCCCAAGCCUGUGAAAAUACCUCCUGAGCAGAAGGCUGUCAUGGCCCAGCAACUCAGAGAGUGCACAGAUAUGUUAGGUAGGAUGGAUACGUUGGUGCAAUGGUUCGCAAAGAUUCCGGGACAGGAGAAGAGUGUCCGGAGUCUCCUUGGUAUGCGCAUUCAACUCAUGAGGCAAUUCAAAGAUCCAGACUGGACGAUCAAUGACCAGUUCACCAUACCACCUGAAUCUCUGGCGCAAACGAUCACCUACAUCAAGAAGCUGUUCACUGCCAUGAUCAGUAAGGUGCAAAGCCAACCUGCCGCUCAACGAGCUGCACAGCAGGCGGCUGCCACUACUUCUGCUGGUCAGCCGGCCACCCAGGCAAAGCUGAACGCUAGCAAUCUGCAGCAACUUCAGCAACAAGAAGAAGCCCUGCAACGCGCCCGACGUGCUUCGAUUCAGAGCGUUCCUCCGGCACCCACAGCUCCACAAGCUCCCUUUGCUUUGGGUGCCCCUUCGCCUCAAGGUGUUCCUCAGGCCUACGGCCCAGGAGGGUUGACCCCAGACAAGCUGAAACUGCCUCCGACAAAGAAGAGAAAGCAGUCCCAUGGCACAACUCCUGGUACCCCAGCUCAGGGCCAAGCAGCCGCCACUGCUGCAUCGAAGGCGCAAGGUGCCAAGCAAACGCCUGUCGACGUCAACAAGGCCACAGCUGGUUUGGUUGGUCCAUUCAAGUGUGCUGAGCUUGAAUGUGAGCACCACCAAAAGGGCUUUGUGACGCAAGCCGCACUGGAUAAGCAUGUCGAGGAAAGCCACAAAGUUGAGCAAAUCGGCGAUCCCUUGGAGUUUGCGCUGGAGAGCUUUCGUACGGUUCUUGCCCAAGACAAAGAAAAACCAGCAGUGCAGGAAUCGAAGGUCUCAGCUGCGGCACCGGAUAUGCAGCGCGUUGUUAGUAAGCCGGGUAUUGUUGGCCUGAAGCAGGAUAUCAAGGGUGAUGGGGCAACCCCAGCAACCGUCGGGGCUACCCCUAUGGGCCGUGUACCCAGCCAAGUUGGUCCCAAGUCGACAUCCCCGGCAUCCAAUCAGUUGCAAACCCCAAGAACCGUAUCCGGUAAACCGCCUGCUGGCAGACCUACUGGAGGCAAAGAAGAGAGGAAAGAGGGCGGCAAGACUUCGGUGCAGAUUUCGUCCGCUGAGGAUGCGGCAACCAAGGACCCGUGGGCGGAUAGCACGAUCUCGCUUGAGGCUAUCCAUGACACAUUCAUGGACUUUGGGGAUGAUAGCUUGCAUGGGUUGGGCUUUGACCCACUUGAGGAGUUCCUCAACUCAGAAGCUUUCAGCAAGAACACGGCGGAAGACACACCGGACUCGGUUGAGACGGGCGCGGUUACUCAGACGCCUAAGGAUGCUGAACCAUCCAAAGAUGUUGACGUUAAGAUCAGUGGUGUGAGCGACGACAAUUGGAUUCCCGCUGACUGGGUAAAUCUUCCUAGCCACGUUGAGGGUGAACUUGAUCUGUUGAUGAAUGACCGAUGGGAAGAUCUCAACUGGGACACUAUCGAUCAUAAAGACGCAGAGCUCAGUUUUGAUAGCGGACCGAUUGAUCUCUAUGCCAUCUAAUCUCUCACCUACCAUCUGAGGGAGAGCAACCUCGGUGGCGCUUUUGAUUAUGUGGCCUCUUUUUCGUUCUGUGGCGUGAGGACAGAUGCUGAUUGUACACUACAAGACCUUCUGGGCCAGGACUAUGUUUGUUCCAUCAGGAUUGUGUUCCCUUGU